ACAUCAUAUCUCGGAUCAUGCCGGUGGAGCUCAGGGAUAUUGUCCUCUUGGGAGGGGUUAGUGUGGCACAUGCCUGGCAAUUGUCUAGAUUUGCAAGAAGAGUUGGUGCUGCAAGAGGCAAGUUUAAGGUGAAUUUUCCAGCAACAACCGGUAAUGAAGACUUUGAAAGAUAUUACAGGGCUCAAAUGAACACUUUGGAAUUCUUCCCCAUAUUUUCCACUACUCUAUGGAUGGGUGGACUGUUUUUCCAUCAAGUACCUGCUGCUAUUGCUGGGGUUGUGUAUAUAUAUGCAAGACAGAAGUAUUUCAAUGGCUACAUUAUCAGUGUCAAAGACAGGUUGCCAGGAUUUAAGCUGAGUGUGAGGAGUAUCAUUGCCCUCCUGGGAAUGUGUGUCUUAGGGUUCAGCCAUCUUGCCAUUGAGACCUUUACAGGAAUCAACAUUAGGGAACAAUAUUUGCAGCAAUACCUCAAGUUCUGAGCCAUUUAGAUGAAGUGACCCAUUGUUUAUUAAAAUGGAUUAAUCUUAGGGCCACAACAACAAAAAAUGUAAACUGAAACAAUUUAUUAACAAAAUAUCGUAACUUUUAUGUACUGGUUUCAUGUUUUUACACAUUUUUUUGAAAAUAAAGUUAUUUUUCUAGAA